ACUCUUCAGAGGUACCUUCUGAUCCUAUCUCUGAUAAUACUAAUUUAGAUGAAAUUAAUUAUUGUCUGUGAGACCACCAGCACACCAAACACUGAGUCUACUACUAUUCAAUAUAUUCUUCCACCUCGUUCUAACCAUGGUCAACCUCCAACUAAAUAUGAACCAGACCUCCAAGCCAAAGUUAAAUAUCCCAUUAGUAAAUAUGUGUCAUCUCACAGGUUAUCUCAAUCAUAUGCAUCAUUUGUAUCAAACCAAGAUUGGCCUCUUCUACAAUUUGAUGUGAAAAAUGCUUUCCUACAUGGAGAAAUUUUAGAAGAAAUUUAUAUGGAUUCUCCACCAGGCAUGACAGAUUCAACUGGAAUGAAGGUUUGCAAAAGUAACUCUGAUCACACCUUAUUUUUUAAGAGAGGAAAAGGAAAAAUUACAGCUUUGAUUAUAUAUGUAGAUGACAUGAUUGUUACAGGAAAUGACCAAGAUGAGAUUUCUAGUUUACAACAAUACCUUGCAUUUGAAUUCGAGAUGAAACAACUUGGAAACCUCAAAUAUUUUUUGGGUAUUGAAGUAGCUAGAUCAAAACAUGACUCAGCAAGCAUAGACAGAGGAAGAUACCAAAGGCUGGUAGGAAAAUUAAUUUAUUUGUGUCAUACACGUCUAGAUAUCACCUAUGCAGUGAAUGUCGUUAGUCAAUUUAUGCAUGACCCACGAAAGCUUCAUAUGGAUGUUGUUGAGAGGAUUUUGAGAUAUUUGAAGUCUGCUCCUAGUAAAGGAAUUUUGUUCUCAAAUCAUGGAAACUUAAAGGUAGAAGGGUAUACCGAUACAGAUUGGGCAAGUUCAAAAGAUGAUAAAAGAUCUACCUCUAGAUACUUUACUUUUGUAUAA